UAGAUGUACAUAAUCCCUGAGUUGACCCAGAAAAUAGGCAGUCGUUUCAAGAUCUGACGCGGCGGUCGUAGUGCGCACCGUCCCCGCCUGAGCAUGAAGCAGACCCCCGUGGAAUAUAAACCCUAAUUCAGAGGAGCUUCACCCCUCCGUGGAGGACGUUUGUGUGGAGAAAGCGCGAGGUGAAGCAAAGUCGCGUAACUUUGUAAAAACGACACGGGAGGCAUGGCAGAUCAUCUGAUGAUGCCCAUGAAUCACAGCUCAGCAGGCGCCAGUCUCCACGGUUAUAGGAUGGGCAUGAAUGGCAGCCUGCAGGCAGGUCACCAGCAGCACGCCAACCAGCAGGGCAUGCGGGCGAUGCCCAAUGGGCAGAUGAUGCACUAUGGAGGCGCUCAGGCCAACAUGGAGAAUGCCAUGAGGCAGCGGCAAGGAAUGGUGGGCGGGCCCAUGAAUGGACAGCUGAACGGAGCUCAGAUGGGACACCAUCAGAUGACCUCCAACAACAUGAUGUACAACGGGCAGCCUCAGCAACAGCACCACCCUCAACAGCAGCAGCAUCACAUUCAUCCACAGCAGCACCAGCAGCAAGCCCAGCACCCCCAGCAGCAACAGCAGCAGCAGCAGCAGUUCAUGAAUGGGGGGCUAACAUCUCAGCAACUCAUGGCUAGCAUGCAGUUGCAGAAACUCAACACGCAGUAUCAUGGACAUCCACUGGCUCCUAUGAGCGUGAACCACAUGGGACAAACAACCCAGUAUCGCAUGAGCCAGGCUCAGCUAGCCAGCAUGCAGCACAUGGCCGGUCCAGCUCUGGCCUUGAACGGCAUGGAUGCAGACAUGAUUGACGAAGAUGUCCUGACGUCACUGGUCAUGGAGCUGGGCUUGGACAGGGUCCAGGAGCUGCCAGAACUCUUCCUGGGCCAGAACGAGUUUGACUUUAUCUCAGACUUUGUCAGCAAACAGCAACCCAGCACAGUCAGUUGCUAAAAGGACUUUUAUUUUGUAAAAUGGGGGGACAAACCAAGAAGAAGAGGGUCACAAAUCCAGGAUGGAGGAAGAGAUGAUCUCUUUUUGGCUUUUACGUCGAGAGCAGGGACCUGUACAACGGAGUGAAAGUUGGAGAGCAGAGUGCACAGAGAAGAACUCCGGAUCUCCAGAGUGAACGCACAAAAUGCUCGAGUCUCCUGCGUCUUUUUGUGGCCAAGUUCCUUUUCUCAUAGUUCCUGGAAACGAAUGUAAUAAAGAAAUGCUGAAACUGUUAAAAGCUACGCUGAAUAAUUCUAUGACACUAUGUAGCCUCUAAGUCUGGACAGUUUUACAGUCAAAAGGUGUAUUUAUUUAUUCCUAUCCAAGAAAACUGAUAUAAGGAAGAGCCACCUCAUGUGUUUUGGGAUCUAAGUGGUUUUGUUAUCUUUUCUGAGAGUAGCUUUGGGGAGAAAUCGUAUAUAUACAAGUUCUCUGCUAACAAGCCCCCCCCCCCCCCCAAUUCUGUUUGGGUUAGUAUUGAAAUGAGCUCAAAUAACAGUCCUAUCUGAACUAGCCUUGUUUUCUUUUAGUUUUUAUUUUUUAUCACAAAGUCAUCCAAACAAAAAUGGUUCACUUUUUCCUAAAGUGUUGCCUUUUUUAGAUGUGUUUCUUCUCAAAAAAAAAAAAAA